AGCUCGGCGAUUCUCAUCUCCUCCCAAUUGACCACAUCAGCUCACGGCUGCGCCUUCAGCUUAGUUACGGCCGCAGCUCACCAUCCCACCCGACUUAACCCUCACUGACCGUUCCCUUGACUCGAAGGAGUGGUGGGCUGUGCUCUCCAACGACACCGCGAUCUUCGGAGUCAAGCCAGUUUGCUCGCCAAUAUGGAGCCCUGGAUGAGAUGGAUACUGUGUUUUGCUAUUGGAGGAGCCUUGUACUGGUACUACAGCCACAACAAUAAGAAUCGGGGUCGACACAGGGGUCGAUCCCUCCAGCGAGCACCCAUCCCUGCCAAGGCGGACUCGGCGAUGCAAUGGAGUGACGCGGAGGCCACACCAAAGCCAACCUCUAGAAGUGCGAAAGCCAAGCCACCCCGCAAGUCGGUCAAGAAGGUCGUCCGGGAGGUUGGAGACAAGACGGAGGCCUACCUCUCCGCUGCCUCAUCUACUGCCGGUGCAGAUGCAGACGACGAUCUGUCUCCUGCGAUGUCUCCCGCCCUCGGCGCGACUAACCUUCAGGCCCCGAGCGGGAAGGACGUCUCGGACAUGCUCGAACCGCACGGUGCGGCUCCAGCGGUCUUGAAGAUCAACCCAUCCGAGAAGCCUUCUCGCCCGAGCAAGCCGCAGCAGCAGCGGGCAGAAAGUCUUCAAGAAACCAAGAAACAGCGACAGAAUAAGAGGAAGGCGGAGGAAGCCAAGGCUCAGCGUGAGGCUGAUGAGAAACAGCGCCAGAUCCUCCUUGAGAAGCAGAGGCGCACUGCCCGCGAGGCUCGUGGGGAAGCUGCUAGGAAUGGGCUUCAAGCCGCUCAGGCGCCCACGUCCAACCCCUGGACUGCCGUGCGCUCCUCUUCUAGAACUGGAGCGGCCCCAGGUGGCCAUGAUGGCCAACUCCUCGACACUUUCGACCCAGAGGUCGGCUCGACCGCGAGUUCCAGCGAGAUUGCUACAAACGGCACCUCAGCAACUACGGACAGCUUGUCGAACAGCACACAUUGGACGAACCUGCCAUCCGAGGAAGAGCAGCUGAGGAUGGCAAUGGAAGACUCGGCGUGGACCACAGUUCCGAAGGGGAAGAAGCAGCGCAAGAACAAGGCUGCGGGGUCCACCACCGGCGAGGAGGGCAGUGACUCUGGCAUCCCUCAAGAGCCCGCCCCUGUGAAGAAGGCUCCAGCCCCGGUCUCAAAGGUUGAGAAUGUCAAGCCUCAAUCUCGAUUUGGACUUCUCGCGGAGCCCGAUGCCGACGCAACGGCCAGUCAUCCCAUGGACUCGGACUGGCCUGUCGUAUAAUGCUUUCUGGACGCGUUCGAUAUGUCGCAGUACGGAUCACACCUUUCACCCGCUGCUACUUGCAAUUUCAACCAUUCUGAGGAGCAAUC